AUGCCGGUAAACGAGAAUGUAAUUCUUCUUGACAUUGAAGGCACAAUUACAUCAAUUAGCUUUGUUAAAGAUACAUUAUUUCCGUAUGUCACUAAAGUCUUAGAGGAUUACAUAGAAAAAUACUGGGACGAUGAGAGUUUUCAACAAGAUUUAGAAUUAUUACGCGCACAAGCAGUUAUUGAUUCUAAUGUUGAAGGCUUUGUACCAAUAUCUACAGGCGACAAUGCAAAGAAAUCGGUCAUCAAUAAUGUAUUGUGGCAGAUGACCAACGAUAAGAAAACUACUGCUCUAAAGCAAUUACAAGGUCACAUAUGGAAAGAUGGAUAUGAAAGUGGUCUUCUAAGAGGUCAUUUAUAUGAAGAUGUAUUACCGGUUUUAAAUAAGCUAACUGACUUUGGUAAAAAGAUAUACACUUACUCUUCUGGGAGUACAAAAGCUCAAGAGUACUUAUUUCAAUAUUCCAUGUACGGAGAUGUGUCUGGUAUAUUUCUAAAAUAUUUUGACACUAAAAUGGGUCCAAAAGGCUCAGAAACUAGUUAUACAAAUAUUGCUAAUGAGAUAAAUGUAAACUGUAGUGAUAUUUUAUUCUUAACUGAUGUACUAGUUGAAGCAGAAGCAGCUGUAAAGGCCGGUUGUAAAUCAAUUCUUUUGGUAAGACCUGGCAACGCACCUCUGGAUCCUGAGAAAAGUUCAAAGUUUAGAAUUAUAAAGACACUAGAUGAAUUAUUAGAAACUGAGUAG